AGUUUGAGGGUAGUUAAAUGCAUCCCCUUUCCCCUAAUAUCCAAUUUUACCCCUCUCAAAUAUCCAGAUAUCUCUUUGUCGCAGUCUCCCUCUAUAUCUCUGUCUUCUCCGUCUCUGUGUCGCACAUCCCCAUCAAAAAGUUGGGCCGUGAAGGUUGUUCCAGCUAAAAUGCUCUCUUUCCCCAUCGAAAAGGCAUUGGUGAUGUCUGCAUUGCAAAAUUGAUACUCUAUGUCUUAUAUGGCUUUAAUAAAGAAUCCAGGGAGAUUUUCUCUUCGUAGCUAUCAGUAACAUCUUUAAAAGAGAUAUUGCAAAAUUGAUUUUUUUUAUUACAAACCUCAAUGGAUAACAAAUUGAGGGAUUAUCACAAGCAUAUUUUGAUUUUAACUUUAAAUUUGGAAAAUAAUCUUGGAGGAGCGUGUAUAUGAGAAAGUUGUGUCGCCGACUCGCAGGGGAGGGUGAGUUGAUUAAUGAAGAUCGGUUUUGCUUUCUUUGAUUCGUUAUCACCAGUUUGUCAUCAAGCUAAGGUCGGGUGGGGGUCUGGUGUCUCGUCGGUGAGGCUGCGGUCGGAGUUGCUCAGCGGAUCUGCUUGUCUUGGUGAAGCUGCGGGCCGCAGACAGUUUUCUUUGUGGGUGAAGUUGCGGGCUUUGAGAAGGAACUACGGGCCUUCGUGGACUCGGGCGUUUUGGAAGGUGAGCAGACAAAAGCAUAUUUGGAUCGUGAUUUUUACUCGGGUUAUGGACUCCUUGCUUGUGCCACUAGUUUCGAUUGGGGAGGUAAGCAUGAUUUCCGGGUUCACUCGUGUAGUCGUGCUAUAACCACAGGGAUUAAGGAGAUGCCUAUGGGGAAUUGUGGUGGUGAGUUUGCAGGGAGUGUUACAAGAUGAAAGGUUGAUGAUCCGUCCUCCUCCUAAGCCACAGCCGAUGAUGAUGUUUGAAGCAUGGAUUCGAUUGCUCUGUCAAUUUAAUUUUCGUUUUACUCCAUGGUCAGACUAUUAUGUUUUGUUUUUACUCUUUCUUCUGCUGUAAAACUCUUGCAUUAGGUUUGAGGGUUGAGAGGUCUACGGUAAUCGUCGUUGGCUUUAAUUUGCUCAAGUUAGGUCUAGCGAGUUAUAUUGUUUUCCCAAAAAUGAUUAACUCAGAGUCUCGACCAAGGGCGGAUGGUUAAAUGUGGUCCUUUUAUGUUCUUGUACCCCUGCUGAAUGCUAUUUUAAUGAUAUAAGCACCUUUCGAUAAAAAAAAGUUAAGCAAUAGCAAGAGUUUAAUGCAUCAAACACCCUUGUGA